AUGAUCAGUGAAUUAUAUACCUACCUCAAUAUGUUACCAGAGCCAUAAUAAUCAAAUAUUCUUCUUCUUCACCCUUCAUCAUCAUCAGCUUUAGUCUUCUUCUUCGUGAGCCUUUUUUCCUCCGGUGACAAGGUGAGAACGGGAGUGCGAAUUAACGGAGACCGAGUAAUAUAACCAUCGACGUAAUUGUUUUGUUAAUACGCGGAAUGCAUUUUUCCGUUGGAUUCACUUUGGGCUAAGUCUACUAAAGCCCAUUUACAUCUUAUUAGGAGAAACCCAAAAUUAGUGGACCUGAAUCAUUCAUAUAUAAUUUACUAAUUUACCAUUUUACCAGAUCUGUGUGGACAGUAAGUAUUUCAAGACCAAGGUAAUAUAAAACUGCCGCUCAUUUCUUCUUCACGUCUUUUCGCUCUUUCAUGAUCGCAUCCACCACUGUUUCACCAUCUUCUUUUUUUCAUAAGUUUCAGAGUUCCAUCUCCAUUGAAGAUCAUUAACUGUUUUGUUGAUUGGUUCUUCUCUCUCUCUUUUGCGUAAUAUCUUUUUCUUUUGCGUCAUAUAAAUAAUAUUUUUUUUUCUUUUACAUGCAUCAAGUUGGGGACUAUUCGAAACGGUAUCUUGCCAUGGUUACAGCCAAGAAUAAGGGUUCUGGUCGGAAUCAAAUCAAGAAAGGGUUUAGAAAGUUUUCGAAGCAGAUGGAGGGAUCGGAGAAAUUAAAAUCUCCGGAUAGAUUGAAUAAGAGGAAGCCUGCCUUCAUAAAGCGCAAUAUCUACCUGAAGGAGAAGUUUAAAAAGACGAUUAAUAAAGAUCAUGGCAUAUUCUGUUCUUGCUCUUCAUCUUCUGGCUCGUCAACUCUUUGUGGAAAAAAUUGCAAUUGCGAGUUGCUACUUUCAAGUUGUUCACCUAGUUGCCCGUGCAGAUGUGAGUGCACCAACAAACCGUUCCAACAAAGACAUAUCAAGAAAAUGAAAAUAGUCCAGACAGAGAAAUGUGGAUAUGGGAUUGUAGCAGAUGAAGAUAUCAUUUCAGGAGAGUUUAUCAUCGAGUAUGUUGGGGAAGUUAUCGACAAUGAGAUUUGUGAACAAAGACUUUGGAAGCUGAAGCAUAAGGUGGAGACAAAUUUCUACUUGUGUCAGAUAAACAACAAUUUGUUGGUUGAUGCUACUUACAAGGGGAAUAAAUCGAGAUAUUUCAAUCACAGCUGCGACCCUAAUACAGUGAUGCAGAAAUGGAUGAUUGAUGGAGAGACAAGACUCGGCAUAUUUGCUACCCGUGAUAUAAACAAAGGAGAGCACCUGACUUAUGAUUACCAGCUUGUUCAGUUUGGCGAAGAUCAAGAUUGCCAUUGUGGUGCCGUAUGUUGCAAGAAAAAGCUUGGUGCAAAAACUAGCAAAACUAAGAACAUACUCUCGGAUGAAAAUGUGAACCUAACGGCGUGUAAAGCAGUGACCCGUAAACGGCCCAAGGUUAAAAGAACUCGAGGCAAAGACCCCCCGGGUUAGUAUUAGUUCUCCAGUCUCGGUUUUCGACAAGUUUCUCAAUUCAGAGGUAAGGAAAAACAAUUUGGAUGCGUUAGGAUAAUCUCGGAACAAACCUGAUGUGGCUGCCUUGGCACGUACCAGAGGUCACGUACGAGGAUGGUGUUACCGAGACCAUUGACAUGUCCAGAGAAGUUUGGAAGCUUAUAACUGUUUGAUAUUUGCUUCAAGCAACUUUGUAAUUCCAUUUUUGACCUUUUUAAUUUCUCUUGAAUUGUUGAAAUUUGCUGUUAACCGGGCUG